GUCACGAGUGGCAGUCCCCUCUUCGCUCACUGAAAGAUCUCAGAAGAUCCCACAAACAUGGGUUGAUGUUGAUGCUUCGCCUCUGCGAAGACGAAGUUUUCUCACAAAAACAAAAAGAUCUCAGUAUCUGCCUCGACCUUCAGCCAACACCUAUCUGAUUCAUUAACACUCGUUGCCUUCCUUGUUGCUAUCUUUCCAUCUCUAAUAUCCUCCAUUAAUCCACUAGACUACCUUUCUUUUGCUACCAUGCCGCCGAACCAAAAGACGACCCUGCUGGCCUUUGAGAAUGAAGAUGUGGAACGUGUGGGCGCCUACCAGAAGAAGGGAUAUCGAACCACGCCCAUCUUGUUUGUCAAUGGGGAACGUGUCCCUGAUGGCGUAGCCGCCAAUGCAAGACCUAACCAGACUUUGCUCUCCUUUCUUCGAGAUGAAUUGCUCUUGACUGGUUCGAAACUUGGAUGUGCCGAAGGAGGCUGUGGAGCCUGUACCGUGAUGCUGUCCAAAUUGGACAUGGAAACCAAAAAGAUCAAGCACAUUUCGGUGAAUGCUUGUUUGAUGCCUGUUCUUGCUGCCGAUGGCUGCCAUGUCACGACCGUGGAAGGAGUUGGAUCAGUGAAAGGUGACAAUCUGCAUCCAGUUCAAAAGGCCAUGGUGGAUAUGCAUGGAUCCCAAUGUGGAUUUUGCACUCCGGGAAUCAUUGUUUCCAUUUAUACCCUUUUUGCCAACAAUGCCAAUAAAGAACAUAUUGAAGAACACUUGGAUGGAAACUUGUGCCGCUGUACUGGGUACCGUCCUAUCUGGGAUGCUGCUCGGUCGCUAUGCGAUGAUACCGAUACGGUGAGAGGUCCGUGUGGCAUUGCGUGCCGUGAUUGUCCCGAACGUGAAGAGUGCGAACAGGACUGCAAUGUGGAGGAUAAAAAGACCGAAACAGACAAAAUGGUCUGCUCCUCCUCUGCCGACAAGAUGAAGCAGUACAAGGACACAUUCCUCAGCGACAGGGAAACCUGGAUGCAACAACCCACCCUCAUGUUCCCCAAAGCGUUGCAGGACGAACAAUCUACGGAGCGAUCUAUGAUGACAAAGCCACUCAUGGUAGUUGAUCGCACGGACUUUCAUGCAGGAGGAACCUGGUUCAAACCCACGACACUCGAGGAGCUGCUGGCUUUGCUCAAUGAAUUUGGAGGUACUGGCACUAGUGCUUGCAAAAUUGUUGUGGGAAACACUGAAGUUGGAAUUGAGACUCGCUUCAAGCACGCUGUCUACCCUCGUCUCAUUCAUCCUUCGGAUAAGAUCCAAUCCCUGUAUGGAUUUGAAGUUGCAGAUGCCAACAUUCAGAUUGGAUCCUGCUGCUCGUUGAGCACUAUCCAGGAAAAGUCUGGCGAUGUCAGCUCUCAGUCAACAGCUUUGAAGAGGACAGCCUUGCCUAUGCAUGACAUGCUGCGAUGGUUUGCCUCGACUCAGAUUCGCAACGUUGCCUGUCUUGGAGGCAACCUAGUCACGGCCUCUCCCAUUUCGGAUAUGAACCCUAUGUUGGCUUCUCUUGGAGCCAAGCUGGUGCUGGCAUCUUUUGACAAGGACACUUCCGGUGUCUCUCGCCGUUCCGUGGCCGUGUCAGACUUCUUCUUGAAGUACAGGACGGUCGAUUUGAAGCCAACCGAGGUUGUCGAGUGUAUUGAUGUGCCCGUUGUCCAGCCAAUUUUUGAGUAUGUGAAGCCAUUCAAGCAGGCUCGACGUAGGGAAGACGACAUUAGUAUUGUCACCGCUGGCAUGAGAAUCCGCCUUGCAGCCAAAGGUGGAAAGUUCAUGAUCGAGGAAACAGCCAUUGCUUUUGGAGGCAUGGCGCCCACGACUAUCAUGGCUGUGAAGACAAUGGAAGCAUUGACCGGUGCGGAGUUUUCAGCAGAGUCCUUCACAAAGGCAUCUGAGACGCUCAUUACAGAGAUUAAAUUACCCGAAGGCGUCCCCGGUGGACAGGCGGGUUUCCGAAUGACCCUUGCUUCGUCCUUCCUUUACAAGUUCUACUUGAGCGUCGUCGAAGAGCUGAAGGCCGACUGUGCAAAGUACCAAGCGGAUCCAUCGGCCUUUUCGGGUGUCACAGUUGAGGGAGAUCUUCCCUCUUGUCCCGAGGUCGACGAAAAGGAACACACUGGUACCCAGAACUUCCUCAGCGACAAGAAACCAAGCCCAAGUGGUACGCAGUUCUACCCAGCUCCCAAGGUCGCCACAGGAUGCGAAGACCAGAUCUUGCCCAAAGUCAAGCCCAUGGCACAGAAGGAUGGGGCUUCAGCCGUGGGCAAGGACUCUGCUCACAUGUCGGGCCCGUUGCACUGCACCGGAGAAGCAUUAUACACUGAUGACAUUCCUCUCCCCCCCAAGACCCUGCAGGCGGCACUCGUUCUGUCGAAUGAAUGUGGCAGAGUUCUGGAGUCUAUUGAUGUCACGCCGGCAUUGGGCAUUCCUGGCGUGGUUGGAGUUUACAGUUUGGAAGAUCUCCUCAGCCUUGGAGGAAAGAAUGAGAUGGGCCCGAUUCUCAAGGAUGAACUUCUCUUUUUGCCUAUCGGGGAGAAGGUGAGGACUGUUGGACAAUGCCUUGGAAUAUGCGUUGCUGAGAGUCUUGAGGCUGCAGAGCUUGGUGCACGAACAGUCAAAGUUGUCUAUGGAGGAGACGCAGGAAAAGUUGCUGUAACUAUUGCAGAUGCUGUCGAAGCCGGUCAGUGCUUCGAAAUCUCUCGGCGCGACCUUGUUCGAGGAGAUCCCGCAGUAAUCGAAGCUUUGUCGUCUGCCCCCGAGGCUCCCGCAGAACCCAAGGUCGGCGAUGUUGUCACUGUCAGUGGUACUUUCCGUAGCGGGGCUCAAGAACAUUUCUACCUGGAGACGAACUCAACACUUGCAGUCCCAUCUGAGUCCAACACCAACUUGACGAUUUAUGUAUCAACACAAGCGCCGACGAAGACGCAGAACUUUUGCGCUUCGACUACUGGAACGCCCGCAAUGAAGGUUGUGGUUCGAAUGAAGAGAAUGGGAGGCGGCUUUGGAGGAAAGGAAACGCGAAGCGUCUUUGCGUCUUGUGCGGCUGCCGUGGCAGCAAAGAUAUCGAGCAGACCCGUUCGGUUGACUCUAUCCCGCGAUGUCGACAUGAGCAUUACUGGAACAAGGCAUGCUUUCACUACUGAAUACCGCGCAAGCGCCAAGAUCACCGAAGAUGGCGUGAAGCUCGAGGCCCUUGAUAUCCAGCUACACAACAACGGAGGAAUGGCUUUUGAUUUGUCGGGACCAGUCAUGGACAGAGCUCUCUUCCACAUUGAUGGCUGUUAUUACUUCCCCAAUAUGCGAGCCCGGGGUCUUGUCUGCAAGACGGUCCAGGCGCCUCAUACUGCAUUCAGAGGCUUUGGCGGUCCUCAAGGAAUCGCAGCUUGUGAGCAUGUCAUCGACCAUUUGGGUGUGGCUUGCAAGGUCUCUGCUGACGACUUGAGGCGAGGAAACAUGUACCAAACUGGUCAAGCGACCCAUUUCGGGAUGAUUCUGGACGACGUUCAUGGAGGCACAUGGCAGGUGCCCCGCAUGUGGGAUCGUUUGGAAACGGAGCUUGGUGUUUCCAAGAUGAGAGAAGCCGCAGCCGAAUUCAAUGCCAAGAACAAGUGGAUCAAACGAGGCGUUGCCCUUAUCCCUACGAAGUUUGGUAUUGCCUUUACAGCGAAGUACAUGAACCAAGGUGGCUCUCUGGUUCACUUGUACACCGACGGCACAGUGUUGGUGAGCCACGGUGGUACCGAAAUGGGACAAGGCUUGCACACCAAGGUAUGCCAAGUUGCCGCCCAAGCCUUUGGCAUCCCUGUCGACCAUGUGUACGUCAAUGACACCAGCACGGACAAGGUCGCCAAUACGAUUCCCACGGCUGCCAGUCAUUCGACCGACAUGUACGGAAUGUCCACACUGGAUGCCUGCCGUCAGAUCAUUGCCCGAUUGGACCCCGUCCGUGCCAAGUUGGGUCCUGAUGCCAGUUUGAAGGAGAUUGCCAAUGCCGCCUUUAUGGAGCGCAUUGAUCUCUCCGCUCAUGGCUUUUUCCGUUUGAUAGAUUCUCGCUGUGGCUUUGAUUGGGACAAGGACAAGCCUGAGGACUAUCCCGACGACUUGCCCGCCAACUCUUGGAAGGGCCACCCCUUCAACUACUUUACCCAGGGCGUGUGCUUUUGCGAAGUGGAGAUUGACACUUUGACCGGCAAUCACAAGACAUUGCGAUCUGACAUUAUCAUUGAUGUUGGAUCCAGUAUCAACCCUGCCAUUGACAUUGGGCAAGUAGAGGGAGCGUUUGUGCAAGGAAUGGGCUGGGCAACCAUUGAAGAAGUGGUCUAUGCCGACGACGACCAUACUUGGAUUCGUCCUCGUGGCAAGCUGUUUACGACAGGUCCAGGAACGUACAAGAUUCCCGCCUUUAACGAUGUCCCUGAAAUAUUCAAUGUGAGUUUGUUGGAGAAUGCCGAUAAUCCGUUUGCCGUGCAUUCUAGCAAGGCCAUUGGCGAACCUCCCUUUUACUUGGGUGCUACCGUGUACUAUGCCAUUAAGGAUGCUGUUCGCGCAGCCCGCAAGGAGAAUCUGGGCUACGACAAGUACUUUGAAUUCCGCAUGCCUGCGACAUCCGAACGCAUCCGUAUGUUGUGUGCCGACGAGUUGUCUAACCAGGCCACAUCCAAAAUGCUGGGUCAGGAGAAUGCCGGACCUGACUAUCAGACGCAAGGAAGUUAUUAGCUACGUAUUACCGUAGCUCCAAACACAUGAGUGACUUGCUGCGAGCAGCGUCUUUCUAUACACUUUUGCCACAUGGAUGAAUUGAACAGUUCUUUAAAACAAAUUAACCAUUUUCUAUAGGUUACGAUCCUUGUGAACCUUUGACGAUAUUGUCCAUAAAGGGCCUUGCUGGCUAGCUACAUAGCUGAGAGAGUUGAUUGGUGCUAGCUUCUUUGAAUUGUGUGGUUUGUUUGUUUGUUUGCUUGCAUGUGCCCAUUCAACCAGUUCGGAAGGUAUUGAUUGCUGCCAAAAUUGAUUCGAUUUCUUGUGCACCUUGGUUGUGAGCUAGAUACCAAGCUGAUAGCGUUGCUGAGUUAUGAUGCUUCAUUGCAGGCUGAAUAUUCACCCAUGUAAUAGCGCGUGGAUUGAACAGUUUUAACCAUGUAUGUUCAUUAGGUUUAUGAUGUUGUUUAUGAUUCGAUUCUUUGCGUUCGUUCAUUCUUUCUUUCUGUGACUCUCGACGGGGCGUUGUCGUGAUGAUGAUGAUGACAAUGACGAUGAGCAAGAAGGAGACUUGGUCUAUCGAUCUAUCAAUCUAUGAGGAUGGCUUUUGUUGUUGUUUUGGAGUUGUGGAUUGCCUUUGUCGUUGCAUGAUUCUUGUCCAUUCCUGAUUGAGAAUUUUACCCUUUUCCGCAUCAAUUUUGGCUCUGGUCCAGUAAUUGAGACUAUCAAUCAGUUUUUGUCGCUGUUGUGGAUCCCAUUGCAGCAUUCGUCUCUGGUUUCUGGCGUCUUGUGCUUGUUCGCUGAGUCGUUGAUGUCCGAUAAAGUCUUGCCAUUGUUCAUUUUCAUGUCUGGCAAAUUCCUUUCGUGCCUUUUGGUAAUUGGUGCCAGUGUACUCGACCAGUUUGUUCCAUGCCGCUGCAAAGAGCAUGGUCAAGGCAUCCAAAUAAAUAACAUCGUGUUGAUUGUCAGCAUUGCUUAGCGACAAGAGCAAUUCGACGUAUUCUUCGGCUCGGUCCAUGACUUGCAGGAAUUGUUUUUGGGAAAUCAUGUCGGCCAAUUCCUCCACACUGGCAGUGGCGACACCACUCGCCUCGAGGAACAUGACAAUGGCUCGCAGCGAGGACUUGACGGCGUGAUAUGCCGAAAGUGAGGCGGAUUUUCGACCUCUACUCGCAGAGUGGCUACUGCUGCUGCCCAGAGACUGGUUGCUUGCACUCGUAGUAGAGCUACUGACAGUUGUGCUAGUACUAUUGCUGCCAGUGGACGUUGAGGCUAUCAGCGGCGGUGGCUUGGAAUAGCUACUCCAUGUUGAACCCACAUGAGGAUUAUUGUCGAGACCGGACUGCAAUUCAAAAGUCUUGGCGAGCGGUGGCAUGUUGUUGUCGAUUCGAUUCGUCGCUUGUGGUUUGCUAGAGUAGAUUAAUGAGCCUCUUGGGAUGGUUGCGGGGUACAAGUUCGAAGGAUCGUUUCAGGAGUUCUUGUUGUCACACACCUGUUGAUACUCGUCAACACAACUGUUGUUCUGCCCGAUUGAUGCUUGCUUGUUGUGGCCAGCAAUGCAACUGGGUGAAGACGUGUGACUGUUGUGGCGGUGUGGGAAGUGGGAGUGGUCUGUGGCAGUCACGGUCCGGCUAAGAAAGCGUUCCUUGGUUCCU